UCGUCGGCCGAGUUCAGCCGCUUCCAGCGCGGCUUCAUGAGCGUGUACUACAUCGCGAUGACGGCCGACUGGCUGCAGGGGCCCUACGUGUACGCGCUGUACUCUUCGUACGGCUUCUCCAAGCACAACAUCGCCGUGCUCUUCAUCGGCGGGUUCGGCGCCUCGAUGGUCUUUGGGACCUUCGCGGGUGUCCUCUCUGACAGGCUCGGAAGAAAGCGCUCCUGCAUGGCGUACUGCUUCCUGUACAUUGUGUCCUGCGUGACCAAGCACGCUCGGGACUACAACACGCUGAUGCUGGGUAGGGUGACGGGCGGCAUUGCCACCUCGCUCCUCUUCUCCGCCUUUGAGUCGUGGCUCGUCUGCGAGCACAAUGCGCGCGGCUUCGAUACGUCGCUGCUGUCAGACACCUUCUCGCUGAUGUACUUUGGGAACUCGCUGUGCGCCAUCGUGGCGGGCAUCGUCGCGCAGUUUGCCGCGGACGGCAUCCCGCUCACGCCC